AUGCUCGUCCUGCUGUGGGCCUGCCCGGCGCAGCUCGCCUGCGACGCCACCGAUGGGUGCCUCCUGCUCAACAGCAACAUCGUCGGCCUUGGUGCUGCCGAAACGCUCACACAGCCGCAAGAGGUGAGCGCGAGCACCAUCGCCCUCUCCGUCGAGUUCUGCACCGCCUCGAUUGCCAACUUUGCCGCCUUCACGACACGCUGCUACUGCUACGGCAGCUCGUGCACCGUGCCUGGGCCCACGAUUGUGACAUCGCCGGGCGCGACGCUGACUGUCACCUUCACCAACAGCCUCGGCGCAAACCCAACGGGAGCGGUCACCGCAAACACGAUGCACUCGCCCAACACGGUGAACCUGCACACGCACGGCCUGCACGUCGACCCGGCCGUGGACUCGAUCUUUGUCGAGGUGGAGCCGGGCGAGAGCCACACGUAUGCAUACCAGCUCCCGUCUGACCACCACCCCGGCUUCCAUUGGUACCACAGUCACCACCACGGCUCGUCCACCUUCCAAGUGAUGGGCGGUCUGGUCGGCGGGCUGCGCGUGGAGCCGUCCAGUGCGAGCGAUCUUCCGACGGCACUGCAGGCGAUGGCGCGAGUCACGAUGGUGGUGCACCACAUAGCCCUCGACAACUCGGACACCUCGACCGACCCCUUCACUGUGUGGACCUACACGGACCUACAUGGCCGCGUCGGGGCGACCGACUCGAUCGGCGCUUCAUACUCGUACUCGAGCGUGACAGACGCAUGGGCCGUAAACGGCCAGUACCAGCCCCAGCACGCCAUGGCACCGGGCGAGUGGCAGAUCUUCGACGUUGUCAACGCGGCUGGCGACCGCAUCCUCGAGCUCGAGAUCAAUACGGCCCUCCAGACGGCAGACGUGGGAGAUCCCGCCUCUGUGAGCACAGCCACCACGUCGGGGGAGUGCUCCUCCUACCUGCUCGCCGUCGAUGGGGUCUACCUCGAUACGGCGCGCAGCGGUCCGCACGUGGACCACCUCGUGCUCGUUCAGGCGCAGCGGGUCUCGCUCGCGGUCAAGUGCGACACCGCAGGGACGUACUUUCUCCAAACCGCCUACUCGAGCAGCGUGACCAACUACGAGGCCGCCUCGGUGCAGAACCUCGUCACGCUCGUGGUGUCGGGCGGCGCCGUGAGCAUGAGCGCCCCCACCGCGGAUCAGACGUCCAUCAGCAAGCCAUGGUACCUGAACGACCUCACCUCCACCGCGUCGUCAGCGAGCUGGUCCAUCGCCGUGGAGCAGACGGGCUGCUGCGACGAUGCCGCCGCCACAUACUGGCUGGGCAUCGGUGACGACUGCUCGAUGGCCGUCUUUGGUAGAGCCGAGGGUGACGCGCUCUGCGCAAGCGGCGGAAGCUGCGCGACGGACUGCGCGUUUUCGUGCGCCACUUGCGACGGCUCGGACAAGUACGGCUCGUGCUCGGGCACCGAUUGGGCGGGCGUGAGCUCUUACCCACCCUCGUGCAACUACGCCUCAAUGGACGGCGAGCAGGGAGCCAGCGGAUCGUACGCCCACGUGGCGCAGCUGGGAACCGUCAACCACUUCCAGUUCGUCGAGUACACCAAGGACACGGGGCAGGUUGCUACCGAGGGGUGGUACGGCAAGACAGGAGACUUUCGCGACACCUUUCCGGCGCUGGCAGGCUCGGUGGAGACGCGGGUCGUAUUUGCUGACUUUUCCGGCGAGGUGGUCGUGCAUUGCCACUUCUUGAAGCACGAGGCACGAGGCCAGCGUGCCCUGGCUCGGCCUGCGAACGUCGCUCUCUUCACCUGA